AUGGAUUCUACAAUCAACGUUACUGGUCAAGGUAUGAGUUUUCUGCUUAUUCCUUCCCCUUCGAAAAGUGUUGCGAAAACGGAAUCAGACAAUAGGAAGUUUCCUCGAUCAUCUAUCAAGGCUGCUUUAACAUCGAAGAGAAAAGUGAAUGGGGAAAGGGUUGUUUCUCUUGAGGGAGUUAUGAAUCUUCCUGAAAAGGUAAUUGACUUAUCCUCACUGAAGCGCAAGAGAACCACUCGUGGGAAUGAAUCAAAAUUAGGUGGACAACCAUCAUCUGGUGGUCAUUCUUCUUCUGAGGAAUUCUCAUCGAAAGAGACUACUAUAAUUGCUCUUUAUGAGUGCCCAGUGGUUACUGAUCCUGACUUGAGGCAGACCGAAGAAAAUAUUCCUUAUUCUAAGAAUCUUUUUGGUACUGGUGUUAAUCUAUUUAAAAUUUCUGGUGUGGAAUCAACGGUUAUCACUGUGAAUCCUCCCUUGGUUGGUUCGGGUCUUCAUUCAGAUGAGUUGUUUAGCUUCAAGACUAUGAUUGUUGAGAAGGAUGUUCAACUUGCAUUUUUGAAUGAGUUUCGCGCUUUAGUUGAAGGGAAAGAGCAACAAAAACAGACAUUGUCUGAUCAAAAGGAUUCUGAUUUUCAAUGGUUGAUGAAGGAGGGCAUCCCUUCAUUUCUCCGAGCAGUCAUGAAUUCUGCUGAUUUUGGGGAUGUCAAUGCCGCUCUCUAG